CCCUCCCCCCUCUUCUCUCUUUCUCUCUCUGGCCUUUGCACUUUCACAUACUGGUUCCGAAUGCGGAGCUCUCUGAUGGAAACUACCAACCCGUUAGAAGAAGAAGAGGCUACCCGACCCGACACGGUUCCAGAUUUAGCGUCAACGUGUUCCACUGCAUCCUCGGUCUUUGGCAGCGACGAUGUUCCCAGCAGCUCGAGCUCCGGCGAUAUAUCGGCCGCCAGCAGCAGCUCCGGGGAGAUGCCGGCGGCCCUGGUUUCCGUGCGCCGGCUCCUAGGAUCGCCGGCGCCGGAGCCGGUGGAGACGCCGAGGCAGAAGUGUGUCGGGAGGGACAACAAGGGCGUCACGUGGGGCUUCACUUCGGUGAUCGGGAGGCGGAGGGAGAUGGAGGACGCCGUCGCCAUCGUCCCGGGCUUCAUGGCGCUCACGUGCGAUCACGUGGGAGGCUGCACCGCUCCCGCUUCUCGAUGCUCCGGCGAGAUCUCGCCGCUCCACUUCUUCGCCGUCUACGACGGCCACGGCGGCUCCCAGGUGGCUAAGUUCUGUGCUAAGCGAAUGCAUGAAGUGGUAGCAGAGGAGUGGGAUAGAGAAACAGCUGAAGGACGUGAAGCUGAAGGACGUGAAUGGCGGCAGAGGUGGGAAGCAGCAUUCUCUAAUAGUUUUGAGAGGGCUGACAAUGAAGUUAUGGCAGAGGCACCAGAAAUGGUUGGAUCAACUGCUGUUGUGGUGGUUCUAUCAGGUUGCCAAAUCAUUGCAUCCAACUGUGGUGAUUCAAGGGCGGUGCUUUGCCGUGGGACUGAAACAAUCGCCUUGACUGUUGAUCAGAAGCCUGAUAGAGAAGAUGAACUGACCCGAAUUGAAGCCGAGGGAGGGAAAGUUAUAAAUUGGAAUGGUGCAAGGGUCUUAGGAGUCCUCGCCAUGUCCAGAGCUAUAGGUGAUAGGUAUUUGAGACCAUGGAUCAUUGCUGUUCCUGAAACAAUUUUCAUGACAAGGAGUGAAGAAGAUGAGUGCCUGAUCCUAGCGAGUGACGGCCUUUGGGAUGUCAUGACAAAUGAAGAGGUGGGAGAGGUGGCUCGCCGCAUCUUAAGAAGGCGGCGCAGGUCCACGGUGGACAGUGACAUUCCGUUGGCGCAAGUUGUUGCUGAGAAUCUCACUGAAAUAGCUUUUGGGAGAAACAGUUCUGACAACAUUUCUAUCAUUGUUGUCGAUCUAAAAUCAAAGAGAAAGACUCAGCCAAAGCAAUAGAAUGGGAGUAAAGUAACUUGCUCUUUCUCUUUUACCCCCUUCACCCCCACCCCCCCAACAAAAAAACAAAAAUAAUAAUAAAAUAAUUGACUUCAUCUGGUUCCAACUUUUCUAGAAGGAACAUAUCACCCUGUUACACAAAUAGGUGGCUAUAUUCUUCUUUCAAUCCCUGACUUGUAUAGAGAGCCUGGCAGUAGACUGGUGCUUGGUAACAACCAGAAACUGGUCUGUUGCUGUGGUACCUAGUAGAUCAAUUCCUAAUCUAUUUUGAGUUGGUUUGGUCAACAAAAACUAAAUUUUGUGAAGAAAACAAGAUUGUUCUGUUUGAUGUUUAAAAAUGAAGAAAAUAUGGUGUUCCUUUCUUUCA